AUGUUAUGUUGUAUGUUACUUAGCAGAAUCUUACGGACUUGCUUCUUUGCAGGUAUGUUUAUAGCAAAGACAGCCCACGAGGUCUUUCUGCGAAUUCUCCUUUUCCCGGCAAGCUUGAGUGGUCAUCUUCGUCCUAACGCCUCGGAGGUGCUGACCCAGCAUCUGCUCCAGCGGAACCUUCCACACUGGACCUCUUUUUGCGUCAAGUAUAGUACCGUCAAAAACGAUCAGUUUGCGCUGUCCAACUUUAACUGGAACGUAAAAGGCACAAAUUACCAUAUACUCCGAACUGGCUGCUUCCCAUUUAUUAAAUAUCACUGCUCCCGUGCCGCCCCCCAGGACCUGCAGCUCCACAACCACCUCUUCACUGUACUGAAAGCCAUAAAUCUAGGGAUCCCCACCCUCAUGUAUGGCCUGGGGUCCUGGCUGUUUGCCCGAGUUACUGAGACAGUCCCCACCAGCUAUGGACCUGUGACAAUCUACUUCCUUAUCAAAGAGGACGAAGGGGCUAUGUUCUAAGACGGUUUCUCCGGCUUUCUCUGCUUUGUUUAAUAUCUCCAUAUGUCCCUCUGUCAGUUCUCUGCACCUCUUUUCUUACUCACAGCCUCUCCCCCCCUCAUUUAUUUUGCUGCUUUCUUUCUCACCCCUUUGCCCGCUCUUUUCCCUCGGCGGGUUUUCGUUUAUUUAUUAUGAUCAAACUAUUUAAUUUGACUCGGCUUUGAUGAUGAGAUCCUGGAACAAAGUAAUAUAACAUAAAAUAAAUUCAUGGAAAUAAUCUUA